UAGCAAAAUGUCAAAGUUGGUGAGGUUUACCAAAUUGAAGAGAUUACACUUCAUAGCUACUAUAAAUACCAUUGUAACCAUUUAGCUUCAUGCAAUAUUCCAGCUACACCUCUCAUUGAAUUCCCUCAUCUUCUGUCCUACAAUGGCUUUCUGUCUGCGAUCACCUUUGUGCCUUCUCAUUGCUUUUCUUUAUUUACAAACACUAGUCGGCAAGGCUGCAACGUGUGAUGACUGCUUUGUUCAAUCUCGAGCAGCUUAUUAUCCAAAUUCUGAAACACAAGGAACAGAGAUCGGUGCUUGCGGGUUCGGUGCGUUUGGAGCAACCAUUAAUGGUGGGGAUGUGUCAGCCGCCUCUGACCUCUAUCGCAAUGGGGUUGGCUGUGGUGCUUGUUACCAGGUGAGGUGCAAAAACGGUGGCUACUGCUCGGACAAAGGAGUAACUGUAGUUAUAACUGAUUCAGGCUCCAGUGAUCGCACAGACUUCAUCCUCAGCCAACGAGCGUUUGCCCGGAUGGCUCAAACAACUGAUGCAGCUGCUUCUCUAUUAUCUCUUGGUAUAGUUGAUGUUGAAUACAGACGUGUCUCAUGCAGCUACCCAAACAAAAAUAUCACAAUUAAGAUUGAUGAGAACAGCAACUAUCCUUAUUAUUUGGCUUUUGUCAUAUGGUACCAACAAGGCAAGAAAGAUAUUACAGCUGUCCAGCUAUGUGAGACAGAAAACUUUGUCUGUAAGUUACUGGACCGAAGCUAUGGAGCAGUUUGGACGACUACCUCACCUCCAACUGGACCCCUGCAAAUAAGGAUGCUAUUCAGUGAUGAUGAUGGUGAUGAGAAUUGGGUUGUUCCUGUGAAUAACAUACCACAAGACUGGAAAGUGGGACAAACAUAUGACUCAGGAGUUCAAGUGAACGUAUAAACAUACAACAGAUUCCAUCAUCAAAUUUCUUCAUAUUAUAAGGGUCAUUUCUUUUAUUUAUAUGUUUCAGCUUUAUUCAUUAUUAUUUUCAAAUAGAAAUAUGCUUGAAUAAGAGGAUUAGCAGACUAGCAGGAUUCCAUGAUGUAAUCACUGAUUUGUAAUUUUUGACCUAGUCGAAAGAAUUAAUCUUUUACGUAGUUGUUUAAUACAGUGACUUCCUGCUAUACUUCAAAUAAAGUGUAUCUUCUGUAAAGAGUAUGCUUUACUUAGAGGAUUAAUAGCAGAAUUUUAGUUUAUCAA